UCGUAUGGCAAGUAUGGCCAAAAUGUCGACAUUUUUUUCAGAAUUUAAAACUCAUGUCGUCUGACAUGUCAUCCGAGGCCAGCAAUCCUGGGUUCGUUAUCCCGGUAGAAAUUCUGAUCCAAGACCGCGCCGAUCUGUGGGAACUUUUCCGCGAAUCCGACAUCAAAAGCUGGAUGCCGAAAAGAAUGAAAGAUUUAUGCAAACACUGGCUCGAGGUGUUGCUGCCGGGGGCUGCCGACUACAGCGACGACGAAACCAAAAAAAUUAUACGCUACGAUUUCGAAAAUUUCUGGCUGACGUACAACGACCAUUGCGAGAUAUUAGUGGACGUCGACGCCUGUCUGGAGUACGUCGAAGAGGACCUGCAUCCUGAGUUCUUGGAAAUGCAGUUAUUCAUUGCAGAAGUGAUCAUGCAGGUCGACCUCCUGCCUCUACGCAUGCUUUAUUCAACAUCUGGAGGCCCUCGAAGGGUUCGAGAAAUUCGCAGGGAUAUUCUGAAGACAAAUCUUUUCGUCAUUGUUCUCUGCACUCGGAACGUAGACUCGUUCUUAGACAAGGCGUUGUCAAGUCAUACGUACGUCUUCCGUAGCGACGAUCAUCCAAUAUCUGACCAAGAGAAAGAAAUGAUGCUGCAUGCUUCAUGGGAGACAUACACGAGCGUGCUGAGCUUCAUGUUCAAAAUUCUGGAGGAGAAUUGUCCGUCUUUACCUUUGGAGACUUUGGUGCGUGUUCCAGACUUCAGGAAAAUAAUAAUGGUGCUGAUAAUGCAGCAUUUUGCCUUAGCCUACAGUGUUUCGUCACCUAUAGCCAACAUAGAGCAACAUUUUGCCCGAACCUGUGAAUUAUUGAUGUACGAAUUAAAUAAAAUCAUGGAACAUGAACUACAGGUUGAGAGAUUAAAUGCUAGGGAGCCUAAUUUAGCCCUGUUCAUCAUUCAUACUAUUAUCUCUACCAUAAAAUUUUCAUUAACCGCUUCGACGUCGUCGUUUUAGCUAUUUAUCUUACUAUACUUCAUAAAAUCGCUUGCACUUUCUUCUCAUUUUAGUCCUAUUGUUGUUCUCCAUUCUACAUAUUUAAACUUUUGACAAGGCAAUUGUCAUCGUUCACGAGUGUGUCAUCUUGCCUGUGAAUAAAAAUAUUCAAUUUA